AUGGUGUACUUUAGAGCGAUACGAGAGAUCAAGGUAGGCGAACAGCUGCUGUGGGAUUACGGAAAGCAGUACAAUAAAGAGUUUUUGCGGAAGAAAUGUAUCUGUAAUGUGUGCGAUCCACAGCUAGUCGAAGAGUCAACCGCUUGCCUCAAGCCAUUAACAACCACGGAAGUGGCCACCGCCAAACUUGAAGCGAAGGCAGAGCCGUGGAGUGGUGAUCCAUCGUUGUCCCAGCAAGUGUUCGGAUCUGCACUACGCCGUGCACCCUUCGGUGUUCGUGAUCUGUUGUUAUCGGCGGCACGUAAAGCAGGAGCUGGAGGUUUUCUUCUCGAAGACGUAGGAGGCGAUGCGUUUACAGCAUACGCACGGAGCCGAAAUGUGGUGUUUGGUGUGUCAGGGGAAGAACACUUCACUGCUGACAUAACGGUACCACCAGAUUGCACAAACAAUCUUUGUCGUAUGUUGUUGGCUGCAUACAAGGACGCGUACAGACGGAGAAACGCAGUGAUUCUAAUCCUGAAACGUAUGGAUCGCGAUCGUCACCCAGCUGUAUUACUGCUCGGUCCUCGCCUGCCCGUAUCGUCGAAACAGCGCUACAGUUGUUGCCUCGCCUACGUUGGACAUAAUGACAAAGUGUACCCUGUGAAACGGCAGACAAUCGGAACGAGUUCACGGCAACCGAUAGAUGCCGAGUACAGAGCUGGAACAUUGCUACACUUUCCUACUCUUUCCGAUUUCCCGCCCUUAUCGGUGUUGCUGGCAAGAUGGUAUCCUCCAUCCGCCUCCCCAUGCACCCAUACUCAACCGGUCGCAUACGACUAUGAUCAGCGUCAUCGAGAACCCCCACCGAACAAAUCUCGUCGAAAUCCGACCAUUCCGAGUGAUACGGAUAAGCUAUAG